CACAAAUUAAUACCAUUAAUUACAAUAAAUACAACGCGCGUCUCCUGUUCCUUUUAACCUUUUUUUGUUCUACAAACACGCUUUAAUAAAAGGUUGGAGGUGGGGAUUAAAUGAUGAUCUGUGAAACUAGAGCUAAAUACAAGUUGCAACACUUUGAAAAGCAUUCGGUGACAAGACAGCUAUGUAGUAUUAUUAGAUUUAAGAUGUACCGGUAACAAUUUUUACAAAACGCUUCGAGUGUUUAAAAGACGGCGAUUGUUGUUGUUGUAAAUAUCAACAAGAAAACUCUGAUAUGGAACUAACUGGAUUCCAGAAAAUAUAUUUUUUGACAGACCGGCGAAAGCGUGGCUUUGACUACCUAACUUCAGAUUCACAACAGGAAGCAGUCUGACACACUGAAAAACGCCGUGGCCAAUGAAUGAUUAAGAAGUUACUUAAAUUACUUUUGUGUUGAAAAUUCAGUCGCCGUGCUCGUGCAUACUGUUUCCGAUGUAUUUCGUUUUUUUAUGGCCUAUAGUGUUCUUAAUUGCCUCGGUAAUUUCUGGAUGAUUUGCCCAGUCGCUGUGCCCUGAAGGUCACUUUUCCCACUCCCGUCAACUGGGUUUUUAUUUGGAAGUGCGUCUGGUGUCAGAACAGAGUAUAAAGGAUUACACAGUUGUGCUAAAUUACCUUGAGUGGUCAUUUUGACAUAUUUACAUAAUGGAGGGUUAUUUUAGAAUAAUAAGGACCCUUUAUGGGACAUUGGAGAAUAAAGCCGGCAGUUUAGCUGCACUACAUUCUUCACUUUGUGUGAAAUGUGGAAAUGUUCUUGGUCGUUCAAAUUACUACCCCUUCAACAAAAUAAGAACGUUUACUGCACAACACUCGAGGGCGGGACGUCAGUGUCAGACACUGUUACUGGUGGAUUCAGCAAUUUUUUGUCGUCAGAGAGUGACCGAUACUUCACAGACUGCUCUAGCUAAUGUGGUUCCAGUAUUUGCUGUGAUUAAAUUUGACAAAGAGGGGAAUGUGACUUCAUUUGAGCGAAAGAAGACUGAAUUGUACCAAGAACUGAGCCUCCAAGCUCGUGAUUUACGAUUCCAGCAUUUAACAAGUAUAACCACCAGAAAUAAUAAAAUCAUUCUGAGGAUGGAGUUUCUAAAGGCUGUGAUUUCCCCGGAUUACCUUUUGAUCCUGGAUUAUCGAAACCUGAACCUGGAGCGCUGGCUCUUCAGAGACCUGGCUUCCCAGAUUGCUGGAGAUGGGCAGCUUGUCACUUACUCCUUACCGUUUGAGUUUAGAGCCAUAGAAGCCAUACUUCAACACAGGAUUGAUAACCUUCAUGCUCGGCUACAUGAGCUACAGCCAAAGAUACUUGAAACCCUGGAAUCGCUUGUGGAUCCCAAAAUGUUAUCGGUUGAUAGGAGCAAACUGCACGUUUUACUACAGAACAGUAAGAACCUAUCUGAGCUGGAGACUGAUAUCAAAGUUUUUAAGGAGUCUCUGUUGGAGAUUCUGGAUGAAGAGGAGUUAAUAGAAGAACUGUGUCUCACAAAGUGGACUGAUCCUCAAGUUUUUGAGGAGAGCAGCUUGGGAAUAGAUCAUGCAGAGGAAAUGGAGCAGCUUCUGGAGAAUUAUUACAGACAGGCCGAGGAUCUAGCAAAUACAGCCCGAGAACUGAAAGUGCUCAUCGAUGACUCUGAAAGCGUCAUCUUUAUUAAUCUGGACAGCCACCGCAAUGUUAUGAUGAGACUUAAUCUUCAGCUGACGAUGGGGACCUUUUCUAUUUCCUUGUUUGGACUGAUGGGAGUUGCAUUUGGUAUGAAUCUGGAGUCCUCCUUUGAAGAGGAUCCAAUGGUCUUCUGGCUGGUCACAGGAUUAAUGUUUUUAGGAAGUGGGCUUAUCUGGAGGCGCCUUCUUUCCUUCUUAGGACAGCACCUUAAGCCUGCCUCCCCACCACCGAUGCCUCCCAUAUGGAAGAAGGGUCAGCUAAGCUGCUUGAGAGGGUCGGACACAAAAACUGGACUGAGAACAGAAUAUUUUCCUUCAAGCAAGAAUCCUCUCAUGAAUCACAAAUAGUAACUUGGUAUAUGAUACUUGAUCCUAUUCAGAUUGGUGAAUUUAAGUGUAUUGUCUUUCCUGUGUUGGCAAACAUAAAAUAUGCUGAGAGUUGUAAUUAUUACCAUAAUUAGAAUGAAGAGUUUUACAAGUUGCACAUUUUUAAAGCUUAGAAUGUAUUUUCACAGUGCAACCAAAUUGAAAGCAUACCAACAGGAGUUGUGGACUCAGUUGAAACAAUUCAACUUAUCCUAGUAAAUGUCCAUGGGAAACAAUGGGGAUAUGUAACUCAGCAGAAUAGAAUACUUUGUAACAAUGCCUACAACUGAAUGGAUGAAAAGUGGUCCUCCACUAAAACUGCCUUUAAUGUAAAGUAUUUUCUUAGGUGUUUCAUAAAUUGUGGCUCCCAAAGACUUAUUUAUUUAAACACAAUAUUUAAGGCGUUCUGCUACAGUUGUUUCAGUGCAUCCUUGGGGGCAUGUGUUUUGAGAUGUGAAAAAAACAUAUUACAUAUUCUCGCAUGUUUUUGUACAGUAUAUCAAAUUGAGUAAAUCUCAAUUAGAUGCCCUCAUUGUUGUUGUAUUUUUAUUUUAUACUCUCUUCUUUAUAAAUAGCAUAUGAGAAAUCAACCAAUCACCAUUAAGGAUUUGUCAAGGAUCUUCUCUGUGUACAGAGGUCAUCUGAGGCAUAGAACAUUUGGCACAAUUAUAAAAUAAAAAGCUUUUUUAGUAGUGUGUACAAGAUCCAUUAUGUUAUUAAUGAUACGUUAAUAUGUCGUGUAGGGUUUCUCUUAUUAUGAGACCAAAUUUUGCACAUUUUGAGCAGCCUUAUACACAUAGGGGCGAAUGUAAGGAUAGGCAUAGUGCAAACAAUUGCGACUGCAAAAUCCAAAUUAUCUAGCGGCCAGGCAAUUAUUUUGUAUUAUUUUUCAAUUACUGGGUCUAAGGUGACCUAAAGCCUUACCACCGCAUCCUCCUGCAUCCCAAAUAAAGUGACUCUGGGUUUAAGUAUGCAGGGUCUUCUCUGUCUUGCCUUUCUACGAAGGUUCCUGCCUGUCCUCAACAAGAGCCAAGCGUCGCCGCAUAAGGAAGUGUACCACAGCAGCCAUCCUGAGGCCAAUGACAGGUCUCUGCAGGUGUGUGCUUUUAUACAGCUCUUAAUUACUUGUUUCUACAAUGGUUUGAACCUUGUCAGAGGAGGAGUAAAGUUUUUGAAGGGUCAGCAAUUGCCCAAGUUCAAGGCAAAAUCCUUACAUCGCAUUAUAAUGUUUGCGCCCACUUAGUAUUCCAGAUCCCCGCCCAAUUCCAUGAUGUUUUCUUCAUUUGAAUACAUUUCAAUAUCAUUUAAAUGGAUUAAUGAUGGUAAAGUGCUAAUUUGAUAGCAGGUGCAGAACACCAGGUGAAAACCAUUCUUUACAUAAGCUGCAUUUUUAGUGGCUGCUAAUGUCCCACUUUACAGCCGCUAAACACAGUUUGUGAACACCGAUUUUGGACACAAUAUGUUCUAAAUAGGAUUGGCAAUUUCUUUUAAUUAAUAAAUUACCAGUAGUGUAUUUUCCUUCAGCAUUUUUCAAAUAAAUUCAUCCACUGCUGUUUUCCCUAAA